GUUGAUUAAUCUAAAGCCCGUUAAUUACAUUAUUUAGUUGGACGAAUAUUAAAAUUCUAUUUUUGAGUAAUCGUGAUCUACAACUUAUGGUACAAACAAAUUUAUAACUUAGUAUCCCAGAUAUUUUCAAAGAUCCUUUUAUUUAUUUUUCUCCUCAGCCGCGCCUCAUCUGUCAUCAAUUCUUCCGGUUUCAGUUUUUAAGGCGAAAUCGCUCUGUAUUUAAGAAUUUGUGGAAUUUCAGUUGUUUAGACUACUUAACUCGUGUAAGAAGUUAAAAUGUCUACCACAGAAGUAGAAAGGACCCUUAAUCACACUACCAGAACGUUAAAUCUAACUGGGCAUGUUGGUUUUGAUAGUUUACCAGACCAGCUAGUCAACAAAUCUGUAGCUCAGGGAUUCUGUUUCAAUAUUUUGUGUGUUGGAGAGACUGGUGUAGGCAAGUCUACAAUGAUGGAUACAUUAUUCAACACAAAUUUUGAUUCAACACCAAGUAGUCAUGAUUUACCAGGAGUUAAACUUAAGGCCCACACUUAUGACCUUAGAGAAAGUAAUGUUCGAAUGAAACUUAACAUUGUUGAUACUGAUGGUUUUGGUGAUCAAAUCAACAAGGAAGAUAGUUGGAAGGCUAUUGUAGAAUAUAUAGAUACACAGUUUGAUGCCUAUUUACAAGAGGAACUGAAGAUCAAGAGAUCCAUUCAUAACUAUCAAGAUAGAAGAAUUCAUUCAUGUUUAUACUUCAUUGCUCCAACUGGUCAUUCAUUAAAAGCAUUAGAUUUACUAACAAUGAAGAAAUUGGACAGUAAAGUAAAUAUAAUACCUGUUAUUGCCAAAGCAGAUACCAUUACUAAAACUGAACUCCAUAAAUUCAAAACAAAGAUCAUGCAUGAAUUAUCAUCUAAUGGUAUUAAGAUUUAUCAGUUCCCUACUGAUGAUGAAACUGUUGCUGAAACCAAUGCUGCAAUGAAUGGUCUAUUACCAUUUGCCAUUGUUGGAUCCAAUGAUGAAGUUAAAAUUGGUAAUAAAAUGGUUAAAGCAAGACAGUAUCCAUGGGGAACAGUACAAGUUGAAAAUGAGAAUCAUUGUGACUUUGUUAAACUGAGAGAAAUGUUGAUCAGAACAAAUAUGGAAGAUCUAAGGGAAGCAACUCACAAAAGACAUUAUGAACUCUACAGGCGCCAUAAAUUAGAAGAAAUGGGAUUCUCAGAUUCAGAUGCUAAGAGUUUAUCAGAGACAUAUGAAUUGAAACGCCAACAACAUGUUACUGAUUUACAGAAGAAGGAAGAAGAAAUGAGACAGACAUUUGUUAUCAGAGUGAAAGAAAAAGAAGGAGAGUUGAAAGAUUCUGAGAAAGAUCUUCAUGUGCGUUUUGAUGGGUUGAAGAAACAACAUACAGAAGAGAAGAGAAAGUUAGAAGACAGUAAAAGACGUCUAGAGGAAGAUAUCAAUGCUUUCAAUCAGCGUAAAGUGGCUGUUGCUCAAGCUUCAACUCUCGGUAAAAAGAAGAAGUAAACUUAAACAUCUCAUGAACUUUGAUUUUAAAUGAAAAUUGUCACAAGUUUUAUUUCUCAUUAUUUUCACUUGCCAUCACCUUCAUUAGUACUUCAACUUGGUGCUAAUAACACAAUUUUAUAUCAAAAUAUUAUAUUAUUGAAUCUCAACAUCUACGCAGCAUUGUAACAUGAGAAUAUGUUCAGUUUAUGGUAAACAAUAGUAAUCCUUGAGCCUGAUUUAAAAACAGCGAACUUGUAUGAUUUUUAGAUAAGGAUAUCAAUGUGGACAAUGGUAUCAAGUCAAUUUUUGAAAUUAAUCAUAGAGAAUAGCAAGUUACAAUGUUUCUGAUAAGAGGCUUUUUGGGUUUAAACCUCAUCUAAAUGGUAACUUUUGGCUUCCUCUCUGUUAAAACAGCUAUUGAUAAUAUUUUGUAAGUCUGUCGAACAGAUCAAUAAAAAUUUUCUAUUUAUUGUUUUUAUAAUAUCAUAUGUAAUUGUAUAUUGUCAUAUAUUUUAAUUUGUAAGCUUUUUUUUUUUUUUGAUCAAUACUCAAAAUUUAAUUUGGCUACAUUAUGCUUCUAAAGUCACAUUUAACAAGUCCUGAAGUAAUAUUCAAUUUGAGUAUUUCUCUUUGAUUUUGUUCAGUAUAUGUCAUUUUUGUGAGAAUUGUGACCAGUAAGUCUUCCAUAUUGAACUGUGUUUAUCUGUAUGUUAUUUGGUUUUCUUUUGAAUUAUUUCACAAGAUCAGACUGCUGUUUAGUAUCUUGCAAAUUUGUAAUUUGAAAUAAUAUACAUUUAAAAAAUUGAUUCAAAGCUAAUGAAAUGGAGCUUUGUGUCUUACUUUUUGCACUAUUUAUGGCAGUAGGCAAUGAUAUGCCUUAUGUAUUUAAGAAAUUUUGCAAGGGCUGGGGCAUUAACGAUCACUGCUGCAGAGGAAAAGAUAUUAGUGGUCAGUGCAGUUAGUUAUUAGUUAACAGAAGAAACAGUGAUAGAAGGAAAUUCCCACGACUUAUCACUAAAGCUUUUUUUGGUAUUUUUUUUCUGGAAACUGAAAGUCAUGUUGACAGAAAUGGUAGGCUAUUGUCCGAUAUCAAUUGAAUAUCCAUAGCAUCUCGUGUUUUGAAAAUCAGACAAUAAGAUCAAACCUCUGAGUUCAACCUGGAGCCUCCAGGCCUGGCACAAUGUUUGAAUAUGUUUAUCUUUUUUAGUAAGUGCUCCAGUAUCCUGCCAUUACAAGUAUUCCUGUAACAACAUGUUAUCCUGCAUGUGAAUAUAAAAAAAUCCAUAAAAUGUUUAGGUUUGCACCUGCAUUUGUUUAUUUCUAGUCAAGAGUGACUGAUAAUUUAGGGAUUCCAGUAUUAAGGACCAAAACAUAAUACAUGUAAUAGCUUCAGUUUGUCAUUGUUAUGUAUACCUAUAUUAUUUUAUGUGUAGUUGUUUAUAGCAUUUAGUUAGGGAGGCAUGUAUUUUUUUUACUGCAAUAAACAUUUAAUUUGUAUAUCAUU